GUAAUACGCAAUGUGAUCACACAGGCAGAGGAUAGUGUUCCACAGAUGUUCGUGUAGCAUUUCCUGCAGUGGCUGCUCUUCUCAACUUUACGAGAACGUAACUUUCGCCCUGAAAUCCAACCAUCGUCAACAUAUCAGUAAACGCCAUGGACUGUUCUGAAAUGGCCGUAUCCCCGCUAUCUACUGGACAGGUGCCCCCGUCCCUGCUUCAAGGGUCUCCUGCUAUGUCCCGGAUAGACUGUGUCUCUCUGUGUUUCCUCAGUGCAUACUGUACCACCAUGUUCUACAACAAGGGCACCAAGUCUUGUAUCCUCAUGGAAGGUUUCAGUCAGACACAGCUGGUUGCCACGUCUGAGAAUAUUGAACACCUGGUGUUCGGCAAAGCUGCUUGCCCAAUCCAGUCAGGAUAUUUGUACAACCGGAGACUGAACAUGUGUUACAAGAAGCACUCCGACCUCAAAGUGUGGCCUGAAGCCAAGACGGCGUGUUCAGCAGUGGGCAGCUACCUCGUCAUGAUCAACAGCGCUGAACGGAACCAGUUCAUGUACGACAUUGCUGCAGAUAUUGGGCCGUUUUGGACGAGCGGGAACAUACUAGGAUCAUCCUGGAGAUGGGGAGACAACUCUUCAGUUUCUGAACCCACAUUCUGGGCUCCCAAUGAACCGAAUGGUCUUGCAACCUAUACAUGUUUGACCUUCUGGAAGCUGGAACUCCCCAACAGCUGGCACGCCGGUGAAUGUCACACUCAUGCCAUGACCUACGUCUGUGAAAUAUCGAUGUAGAUAUACACUUUUGUUUUGAUAAAUAAAGGGACACUGUCGUGAUGU